CGUGGGAAAGCAUCGUCCGUCGUCGGUUCCGCGUCUUUCACAUGCCGUCGUCAACAACGACAGUGGAAGUGGUGUCGUUUUGCAGGCAACAGCAGCAGUGUUACGGUUGCAUUCCUCCCGUUGUUGUUGGCAUGCACUUUGGUUGUGAUUGUGGAAAGUGUGUGGUAAGGCAACGGCUUUCGUGCUGCGCCCCGCGUGGUGAAUUUCAAGUGAGAGAGUGAGCGUAGCGAAUUAGUGGUGGACGCAAAAAAAGAUCGAGAUUUUAUCGGCCUACUACUGUGACCAGACAAAGAAAAAAAAACGACAAAUGCGCGGGUGCAUGUCGAGCGGUUGGAUUACACAUCUGUGAUGUUCGAAAUCUGGAGACGCGUCGUCAACAGAUGGAUUCGAAUUACAACUCGUCUAAAUUGAUGCGAGAAAGCAGCAUCAGUGAGCGACGAAGAAGAACAAGAAGCAAGAGCUAAACUAAAUUUAAAUCGUCUCGUGGUGCGACAUAGAAGAGUUUUCCUUCUGUUUUCUCUAACCAGUGAGUGUACCCCGACGGAAGAGAAAGCGAGUGAAAAGGUGCGGUAGAAGGUAGUGAAUGGCACCCGCUGGCAGGAAUAAUCACUUUUUUUCUAGUGUGAAAAAGAGAAAGGUGAUUUUAGAAAGUGCAGAACAAAGGCAUGGUUAGCGUUCUUGGUUUCUUUUCGAUGCGAAGCAAUGUGAAAUAAAUGUGAUGAAAUGCAGUUCUCAGAGUAAUUGAGUGUACGCAAUUAGUUGAUCGUGAGAAGGGUAAUAUAACAAGAGAGCAAGAUAGAGAGCGAGAACCACACACUACGCCGUAGUGUCACUAGAAGGCGCCACGUGUUUGAAGCGCGUGAGUGUUAUUUUGUGCUUGGGGCUUCACGUAGCCUCCGUUAUGGAUCCAGUCGAUGCCAUUCCCAAAUGUCCGGCGUAUGGAGUCAACAGUCAUAGUUAGCAGUAUCUAGCUACUAGCUAUUCUCCUUGUUGGCGUUACAACAAAUACUGCACAACUAGUCUAAACAUCAAUAACAACAACAACAACAACAAACUUUCAAGCAACUCCACAACGAUACGAACCGUUCUCCGGAUACGCGUCUCUAUUCCAUAGUCUUAUUGAUAUUCUUUUCGCGAUCUCGCGAACAUCGAACUGCAACCGACCGUCGACUGGCUACUCAACGCUCACGGUAUACUUUGAUGCGAUCGAAGACGCCUCCAGAUCGGCCCUAGUCCUCAAUUGCUCAGCAUCAUACGACUGCCAUCCAUUUGAAAUUGGCGCUCGGAGGAUUUUCUGACGCUUCGCUUUCGGUUAGUAGUAGUGAUAGCAAUAGCAGUAGUAGCAUAUCUAACACAACCAGUUGUAGUAGAAUUAGUAGCACCAAUUAGUGAUAGCCUGGAAUGUGCUAGUAGACAACACCCUUCAUCAAUUUGGUAACUACUGUCUCCUUCUACGUGUGGAAAAUAUAACAUUUCCAGUAGCUGUAGCACCGCAACUUUAGAGCCCAUCACCAUCCCCCGCACCUCCAGCACUACUAAAAACCAACCACCACCACCACCACUACCACCAGCACUAGUACAACCACCACCACAAUGGCAACGGAUUUCAGUGUACGCAAGCCUCUGGGGCUCGGUAUCAGCGUCCUGCUCGUGGUCGCGUUAUCAACGGCAACAGCGUCAGUAAAUAAUGGUGCCAGUGCCGGCACGCCGGCGAAUCAGUCGGUCCAGGUGACGGCGACACCGAGCGGGCUCCGGGCGGACGAUGCAACCACCUGUCAGGAUGGUUUACUACUGUCCGUGUGGGAACCGCAGGAGAACCUGACCGUGGGCGAUCGCAUCGCUCGCGGUACGGUGUACUUUCUGGCAAUGGUCUACCUGUUCAUCGGUGUGUCGAUAGUAAGUGACCGAUUCAUGGCAGCUAUUGAAGUUAUAACCUCGAAGGAGAAGGAGGUCAAGGUGAAGAAACCAAACGGAGAAGUGCAAAUUGUCGUCGUUCGCGUAUGGAACGAAACGGUUGCCAACCUAACACUGAUGGCACUAGGUUCGAGCGCACCUGAGAUUCUGUUGUCCGUAAUUGAAAUCGUAGCGAAAAAUUUCAAUGCAGGUGAUUUGGGUCCCGGUACUAUUGUGGGUUCGGCUGCCUACAAUCUCUUCGUUAUCAUCGCAAUUUGCGUCCUGGUUAUACCAGACGGCGAAGUACGCAAAAUCAAGCACUUGCGGGUGUUUUUCGUGACAGCGUCGUGGUCGGUGUUUGCUUACAUAUGGCUUUAUCUGAUCCUGGCACAGAUCUCUCCCGGUCGUGUAGAUGUUUGGGAGGGAUUCGUAACGUUCCUGUUUUUCCCCGCUACCGUAAUAACUGCCUACAUCGCUGAACGCAGACUAUUGGUAUACAAGUACAUCGGUAAACAGUACCGUAUGAAUAAACGUGGUGUCGUCGUUCAAGCGGAGGCAGAGUCGGCGCUUGAGAUGAAUAAUCGGGACGAGAAAUUGAAUACUAUCGAUGAGAACGGCGGCAUUACGGAGGAGGUGCGCGAUUUUGAGGAAUCUCGUCGCGAAUACAUCUCCACGUUAAAGGACCUUCGCAAGAAGUAUCCUCAGCACGAUCUUGAACAGCUCGAGGUAAUGGCUCAGGAGCAGCUGAUGAACAAGGGACCCAAGUCACGGGCAUUCUACCGCAUCCAGGCUACACGUAAAAUGAUGGGCAGUGGCAAUAUUAUGCGAAAAAUUUCCGAACGGGCACAGUCCGAUCUGAGCGAGGUUAAGGCCGAACUGCAGCGCGUUGACGUCGACGAAGCCAUCGAGGAAGAUGCCAUCUGUAAGGUCUUCUUCGAACCGGGGCACUACACGGUCAUGGAGUCGGUCGGUUCGUUCGACGUUCGAGUGGUGCGUCGCGGUGAUUUGUCUUCCGCGGUAACGGUCGAUUUCGAAACGGAGGACGGUUCUGCCGAGGCCGGUUCAGAUUACAUUGGCAACAAGGGAACGCUCACGUUCCCGCCCGGAGUUGACGAACAGCGCUUCCAGAUUGAAGUCAUCGACGAUGACGUGUUCGAGCAGGACGAGCACUUCUACAUUCGGCUAAGCAACGUGUCAGAUCCGGCCGCACUGUCCACUCCGAAGGUGGCCACCGUGAUGAUCCUGGACGACGAUCAUUCCGGUAUCUUUGCUUUGGCCAGCAAGGACCACGAGCUGGUUGAAUCGGUCGGUGUGUACGAGCUGAAGGUACAGCGGUACAGUGGUGCACGUGGUAAGGUCCGGGUACCGUUCUGGACCGAGGACGGUACGGCCAAGGCCGGUAAGGACUUCGAGGAGCAGCGCGGUGAACUGAUCUUCGAGAACAAUGAAGUCGAGUGAGUAUUGCUCUGUUUUCUUG